ACGGUUCUGGCUUCUGUGUGUGGCGGGACAUGGCGGCGAACACAGCGGCGGCGCCUUCGGUCGGGCCCGGCUCAGCGGCGGCUCGCGUCUCUUGCGGGAGGGACCUCAACUGCGUCCCGGAAGUGGCCAGCACUCUGGGGGCGGUCGCCAGGCAGGGGUUUGAUUUCCUCUGCAUGCCCAUUUUCCACCCACGAUACAAGAGGGAGUUUUUCCAAGAACCAGCUAAAAAACGGCCAGGCCCCCAAACCCGUUCUGACCUCUUGCUCUCAGGGAGAGACUGGAAUACACUGAUUGUGGGCAAACUGUCCCCAUGGAUCCGAACAGAUUCCAAAGUCGAGAAGGUUCGCAGGAAUUCGGAGGCGGCCAUGUUGGAGGAACUGAAUUUUGGUGCAUACUUGGGGCUCCCAGCCUUCCUCAUACCCUUGACCCAGGCAGACAACCCUAAUUUGGCGCAUGUUCUGUGUAACCACAUCAGUACUGGGCAUCAUACAUCCAUGUUCUGGAUGCGAGUGCCAUUGCUGGCCCCAGAAGAUUUGAGGGACGAUGUGAUUGAAAACGAGGCCAUACAGGAGGCAGAAGAGGAGUGUGCAGGCGAGGAAAAGACCUGGCAAUGGUGGCACAACUUCCGGACACUGUGUGACUAUAACAAACGUGUUGCUGUGGCCUUAGAAGUGGGAGCUGACUUACCUUCCAACCAUGUCAUGGACCGCUGGCUGGGAGAGCCCAUCAAAGCUGCCAUAUUACCCACCAGCAUCUUCCUGACCAAUAAAAAAGGCUUCCCUGUUCUUUCCAAAAUGCAUCAGCGACUCAUCUUCCGACUCCUCAAGCUUGAGGUACAGUUCAUCAUUACGGGUGCUCAUCAUCACCCGGAGAAGGAGUUUUGCUCUUACCUGCAGUACCUGGAAUAUCUCAGCCAGAAUCGCCCGCCUCCCUCGGCCUAUGAACUCUUUGCAAAAGGCUAUGAAGACUACCUCCAGUCUCCUCUGCAGCCCUUGAUGGACAAUUUGGAGGCCCAGACGUACGAGGUGUUUGAGAAGGACCCCUUUAAGUACUCCCUGUACCAACAAGCUAUAUACAAGUGCCUGUUAGACCGUGUGCCUGAGGAGGAGAAAGAAACCAACGUCCAGGUUGUGAUGGUUCUGGGGGCAGGCCGGGGCCCCCUUGUGAACGCCUCCCUUCGAGCUGCCCGGCAGGCCAACCGGCACAUCAAGAUUUAUGCUGUGGAGAAAAACCCCAAUGCCGUUGUGACACUGGAGAGCUGGCAGUAUGAAGAGUGGGGCUCCCAGGUGACCGUGGUUUCUGGUGACAUGCGGGAAUGGGAGGCUCCAGAGAAGGCGGAUCUCAUGGUGUCGGAACUGCUGGGAUCCUUUGCUGACAACGAGCUUUCCCCCGAGUGUCUGGAUGGGGCAGAUCACUGUCUAAAAGAGGGGGGUGUCAGUAUUCCCUGUGACUAUACCUCCUUCUUGGGCCCAAUCUCCUCCUCAAAGCUCUACAACGAAGUUCGUGCCUGUCGCGAAAAAGACCGCGAUCCAGAGGCUCAGUUUGAAAUGCCAUAUGUUGUUCGGCUUCACAACUUCCACCAGUUAGCACCCCCAAAGGCCUGCUUCACCUUUAGGCAUCCCAGCCCAGGUCCUGUUAAAGACAACAACCGCUACCAGACGCUAGAAUUCCAGGUAGAUGUGAACACAGUGCUUCAUGGUUUUGCUGGCUACUUUGAGACCACAUUAUAUGGCGACGUCAUUCUCAGUAUUCGGCCUGAAACACACUCACCAGGCAUGUUUUCAUGGUUUCCUAUUUUUUUCCCAAUCAAGCACCCCAUGAACAUCCAGGCAGGUGAGCACAUCCAGGUGGCCUUCUGGCGUUGCAGCACUUCCAAGAAAGUUUGGUACGAGUGGGCCGUCAUCUCCCCUAUGUGCUCUGUCAUCCACAAUCCCACAGGACGCUCCUACACCAUUGGACUGUGAGCAGGAGUCCAAUCCAUUCACUUUGAACAGUAUUUCCCCUUGCCUCUAACACUGAGAUGCAAGAGAGGCAUUUUGGAAUAGCAUGAAAGACUCAAUACAGAGGCAAAAGAUCUCCCAGCGUCCGUUGGGUGUAGGUCAGAGGAAGGUCCUUUGCUUGGAUUCUUCCUCCUAUGUUCUUCUGAUUUGUGACAUUUCAAUAAAGUGGCUGAAAUGUG